CGCAGUUUGAACUGGGAAUUCAAGUUCCCAUAUCCAGCCACUUCCCAGCACUGACUGCAAAUACGAGAAGCCAAGCCAUCGAAAUUCCCCCCCAAACCCUAGCCCACCCAAAUUCAUUCCCCGCUAAUUCGCUGCGAAAUCUGAAUCUCACUCCCAAACCCCCCCCUUGACUUCUUGAUCUUCCCGUCUUCUUCUUGUUUCAAUCCAAAUCGUAAACCGUUUCCGAUCCCAAUCUAGGGUUCCUUUCUUUCUCCCCCUCCCCCCUCUCUUCAUCGGAUUCAGUCGAACCAUCUCACAUGGAGAUUCCGCAAGAACUGGACGAGUACUUGAGAGAAACGAUCGACGACUCCUUCGGCCUCCCAGUCUCAACGCAAACUCUCCGGCUAAAGCUUCGAGCUUCCGAGGAUGCCCAUCGCCGCAUCCGGGACCAGUGCCUUGUUCUCGACGAGAAGCUCCGCGAGAAAGAGCAACUCCUUGACCGCGCUAAGGCGGAGGCCACUAUGAACGCAGUGGCGCUGAAGAAGUUCGUGGAGGAGAAUCAGAAAUUGGCAGCGGAGUGCUCCAAUUUGGUGGCGCAGUGUAAAAAGUGGGAAAGGGAGUGCACGCUCUAUGACAAUGACAGGGAGGCUCUGAUGGAGUUUGGGAAUGAGGCGGAUGAGAGGGCCAAAGAUGCUGAAACUAGGGUUCACGAGUUGGAAGUGGCGCUAGGGAAUUUGUCAGAGGAGCUGAAGUUUUACAAGCAUCAGUACGAGAGCCGUGGGAUCAAGUCGGACGGUUUGUCAGCAGAGAUUACAGAUUUGGAAGGGCAGAACCUUGAAUCUAUUCUAACAACACUAACCGGAGAAGACGCAAUUGAUCCUGGUCGUGCUUUUCUCGAAGCGAAUAGGGAGCAGGAGUCAUGUCGAAAGUUGCUGAAGAUAUGGAGCAGCUUGAAGCCAUCAACCCAAAAGGUUUUGUCACUAGCUUCAAAAGUGAGUAUACUUGAGAAUGAAAAAGAACAUCUUGGGAUCAACCUUGCUAGAGCUGAAGAGGAGGUGGAGUUAUUGUUCCAAGAGAACAAAAUAUUGAACGAGGAGAACAGAAAGCUAGUGAAACAACUGCGCAGAGCAAGUAACCUUGAUUCGUCUGCCGAAAAGCAAUCGAGUAGUGCAUCUGCCAAGGUACUAAAAAAUAGAAGAGGGAGAAGAAAUUUGACUUGUGCCUUGGCUUACUUGUUUGUGCACAUCAGUGUGAUUUCCUUUGUGUUCUAUGCCAUUAUCCAUGUGUCUAUCUACCCACGGUUGACUUGACCUGUGCACACUUUCAUCAAAACGUUCCAGUAAACUCAAAGUGCAUAUACACUGGAUUGGCUAUGGUAGUUUUUAUUACCCAUCUUCCAAUACUCCUGUAGAGUGUAGAGUGUAUAAAUAACAAUCACAGAAUCAGAGACGUAUAUAGAUGAAGAACUGGAUUUGCUAGACUGAUGAUUAUUUAAGUUGUAAAAGAAUGUGAACGACCUAAGCUAGCAGCUGCACGACCAUCCCUGUCCUGGGAGAAGGGCUUUGGGCAUUUAGACACCUUAGGACUUGCCUACUUUGCUAGCAUUGUUUUCCAUUUUAUAGAGUAGGUGCAUUUAUAUUCUUUCCUUAUUGAUGUUUUUUAGAUUCCUAAAUUUUGCUUGAUCUUGUGGAUUUGACGAGAUGCG